CGAGGGAUGUCAAAAAUGUUUGUUAACUACUGAACAACCUACUGGAUCUGUGUAGCAGGAUCUCCCAGGCUGUUACCAACAGGUGCACAACAUGUUUCAGCAGUUGGAAAAUGACGACAGGAAAGCAUUACUUUCUCCACAAAAAGUGUUUGGAGAAGCGGGGCGAAGUACGAUGACAUCAGCCUCUUUUAAUUUCAUAAAUUCGAUAAUAGGAUCUGGAACAACAGGUUUACCGUAUGCUCUGAACCAGGCUGGUCUUCCACUGGGCCUCUUGCUACUUGUGAUGGUGGCUUUUAUCACCGACUUUUCCAUCAUAUUGCUGAUAAAAGGAGGAAAUCUAUCAGGGACGAGGAGUUACCAGUCACUUGUCCAAAGCACUUUCGGUUUCCCAGGAUUCAUAGUGCUGUCUGCAUUGCAAUUCCUCUAUCCAUUCAUAGCUAUGGUCAGCUACAACAUCAUUACUGGAGACACGCUGACCAAAGUGUUUCUGAGAAUACCUGGAGUCGGCCCAGGCCACAUUCUGGCAGAGCGGCACUUUGUCAUAUUAGUGUCCACCCUGUUUUUCACCCUCCCUCUGUCGCUGUAUCGGAACAUCUCCAAACUGGGGAAGGUGUCCUUGUUGUCCAUGGUGUUGACCCUAGCCAUCCUCAUCACUGUCAUCAUCAGAGCAGCUACCUUAGGACCCCAGAUAGCUCCUACAGAGGAUUCAUGGGGGUUUGCUCGGUGGAAUGCAGUGCAAGCAGUUGGUGUCAUGUCUUUUGCCUUCAUCUGCCACCACAACAGCUUUCUCAUCUACGGCUCCCUGGAGGAGCCCAGUCUGGCUACCUGGUCUCGGGUCACUCAUGUGUCUGUGGGCUCCGCCCUGGUGGUCAGCGCUCUGUUUGCUACUGCAGGCUAUGCUACCUUCACAGGCUACACACAGGGGGAUGUCUUUGAGAACUACUGCCGGAACGACAACCUUGCAACGUUUGGCCGGUUCUGCUACGGGGUUAGCAUCAUAACCACCUUUCCUCUGGAGUGUUUCGUGACCAGAGAGGUGGUGUCCAAUGUCUUCAGUAGUGGACCUUUGUCCACCCCUGCCCAUUUUGCUGUUACGUUUCUCAUUAUAUCAGUGUGCACAGCGAUAUCCCUGGCUUACGACUGCCUGGGGUUUGUUCUGGAGUUAAACGGUGUUCUGAGCGCUACCCCUCUGAUCUUCAUCAUCCCGUCUGCCUGCUUCCUCAAACUGUCCUCCAGCCGCUGGUUCCAGGGCGAGAACCUGGUCCCCUCCAUCAUCCUUCUGCUGGGUGUGUUUGUCAUGGUGACAGGCCUGAUCAUGACCGGCCUCUAUCCCCAGGACUGCUCCCACGGCGUGGAGAUGUUCUACUGCACGGCCUCCAACAGCAGCACCCCCACCAGCUCCACACCCUCCACUGCACAGUCCUCCCAGAACUCCACUCAGAGUGUCACAUGACAUGGCUGGUCUAACAUGACAUGGCUGGUCUAACAUGACGUGGCUGGUCUAACAUGACAUGGUGCUGGUUUUGCCUGCUGCUGUUAUUACUCUUAUAAGAUUAGGGUGUAAAGUUUUUAAAUGUUUUUUUUACAUCUACCACGUGCAAUUUACUUAUUUAAUCUUCUUAAGUAUCAUUAUAUUUGUAAUGAUUCUUUUUUAUUGAUUCGU